UCUAGAUCACUUCCGUAAUGACGUUGGAGUCGACAACAAAUAAACAAAUAUGGCUGAAUCCGGCACGGCUAUGUACUUUGCUGUUAGCAAUAUACCUGCUGCCUUUCGAUCUGCUAACCUUCGAAACUUUUUUAGCCAAUUCAUAGAAAGCAAUGGUUUCUUGUGUUUCCAUUACCGACAUCGACCGGAGGUUUUGAAGGAGUCCGAGGGCACCCAAGUCAACAUGUCAGACCAUACAAGAAAAGACACGCCGACAACAGACAUGCCAUCCACAGAUGUCGAGGAGGGCACAGAGGAGAGUGGAUCUUCGCCGAAGAGUAUAAAAACAUGUUGUUGCGUGGUAUCGGUACCUUCAAAUGAGGCGGCCAGAUUGGUCAAAAUGUACGCGGGGAAUCAAUGGAUCGACUCGAAGGGCAACUGGCUUGCGAGGCGUUGUGUGAUAAGAAAAGUAAAAGUAUCACAUCCCACAGAUGAGGAUGAAUUCCCCUACAAGACAAAGUCCGGGCACAGGCGCCACGUGGCACUAACAGAAUGCUUCACAGAGACGGACCUAAAGGGCUUGCCAGAGCUGAACCCGCCUUCUCUUAUGCCGGCUGGUAAUGUGGGUACAACCGUAAAGGUAUUCUUACAGCUUAUUCAGUCAUGCCGCCUACCCCCCCGCCUCAUACGCAAGCUGGGCCUUGCCUUCCCCAAGACAAGCUGCAAUCGGCGCUAUGGUAAUGUGCCCUUCCAGUACCAUAACACCAGCUUGGCACCAUCUACUGAGGAGAGUGUCUUCACAGCUGGUGGGCAUGAAAUAUCAGGUCCUGGUAGUGUGGCCCCUCCCUCAGGAACCCAGGGCCCCACUGAACCCUCAGGGGACCCUGAAAUACCAGAGGAAGACGAGGAUGCCCAGUCAAAUGCAGAUGAUGACGAUGACCGCUGUGAGGAGUGGGAGCGCCAUGAGGCCCUACAUGAGGAUGUGACGAGCCAGGAACGCAGCAAGGAGCGGCUCUACGAGGAGGAGAUAGAGCUGAAGUGGGAGAAGGGAGGCUCGGGCCUGGUCUUCUACACAGAUGCCCAGUACUGGCAAGAGGAGGAAGGAGAUUUUGAUGAGCAAACUGCAGAUGAUUGGGAUGUGGACAUGAGCGUUUACUAUGAAAAAGACGGGGGUGACAUGGACUCCCGUGACUACGUCCGCAUGCGGUAUGAGAAGAGGCUGAGGGAGGGCCUGGAGGACCGGUCUGGAAGACAAGAUCAGCCAAUCGGCAACUUUGAGAAGUUCACAAAGGGUGUUGGUCGCCGGGUGAUGGAGAAGCAGGGCUGGAAGGAGGGAAAGGGCCUGGGUAACAGUCAGGCAGGGAUUCCAGAAGCCCUGGAGAAUGAAGGACAGCAUCCCAAAUGCAAGAGGGGCUUUGGGUACCAUGGAGAGAAGCUGAGCACCUACUUUGUGAAAAAGGCCAAACCAGACUUGUUCAUAUCCACGGUGUAUGAUAAACCCAAAGACAUAGACCAAGGAGACCCCUUAUUGCGACGCAAUCCCCAAACCAGCAUGAAGUACAGAGGCUGGCAGCCAGGUGGCAGCAUUGGGCCAAAAAGAUGACAACACUAUUUACAUAAUUUCUUAUUACUAUUACCUCUUGUUCCCAUUAGAAUUCAUGCUUUGUUUAUAUUAAAGCAUUUAUCAUACAAGGAA